AUGGAGAUGAAAAAUGGAGAUUUGAAUGUAUUGAAGAUGGUACUUCAGCUAAUUAAAUUGACUCGGGUUUCUUUUGGUUUUCAUAAAUUGGAGCUACUUUGUUUUGGGCUAUUUUGGCUUUCAUAAAUUUACUUUCAUUUGGAUUUUUUUGGGUUUUUUUUUUAUUUUAUUUUUAUUUUAUUAAAAAAAAUAGGGGACUCUUAAUAUUAUCAAUUUAGUUCUUUAUGGUGUUAACUUUAUGGGUUUUUAUAAAUGUAGAGGAGGUAAUAAUAAAAAAUGAAUUAUUUUUAUUUGAUAUUUUUCAUUUUUUUAGAACAUCAAAAAGUUAUGAAGAAUUAAAUUGCUAAAAUUGGAAUUUAAGCUUUUUCCAAUAAUUUGUGA